AUGGCGGGCUCCAGUGAAAGUUUCAGUAAUAGAGCGUUAUGGCAGUUUAUAACAGGAUCUGGUAUAUUACGUCCAAGGGAGCUGAUAACUCUAGAGCUGACCAAGGCCAAGACAAAAAUAUUAAAUGGUUUACUCAACUAUCAUAAACAGAAGACACCAAGUGGAGAGCAGUUAAAAAAAGAUAAAAAUAUCACUGGAUUACAGCUAGAAUUUACACUGAAACUCAGCAAAUUUCUUGAUUUGGAUGAAGUUGAAAGUUAUUCAUUAUUUUGUUCCUUUCUGGUCAAUGAGUUUCGUGGUUCCAAGAAAAAUCUACAGCAAUUAUUAAGUCAAGAUCGUCAUGUCCAAGGUUUGAUAUUAAAGAUAAGAGAUUAUUAUUAUACAGAAAGAUUGUAUGGGUUGAGAUGUCUACAUCAUAUAUUUAAUUACUGGCCUGUAGCUGAACAUCCUUAUAGAGAAUCUUAUGCUGAGUUUUUAGACAGUUUGUUAGAAAAUAAACAACUUUUAACAAAGAUAUUGGAACAGUUCGAUAGUAUAUGUCAAGAACAGUUACCAACUUACGAAACACGUGGUUUAUUGAUGGUAAACCUGUGUCUACAGAGAUUAAUAUAUUAUACAGAAUACCUUGAUAACAAUCAACCUAAUGAUCUAGUAUUGUUAUUUUACAGGUAA